GCAAGUCUUCCCAAGCGCACCCCUCACGUUGGGAGCUACAGCAACCCAGGCGUCUUGGUCAUUGCCGCUGCUUCUGCUCCUCCUCCUCUGCUCCUGCUACUUGCUGUUCCCUCCACAAGGUGCCCAGGAGCUCAUCCCUUUCCUCCUCCCUUCCUCCUCUCUCCAGGUCCUACCGCUGGGGCUGCAGGCGCUGCCGUAGGAGCUCCCCCACCACCGACCCCGCUACCAGGCGGCUACCACUAAAGAUCCAUUCAUGUUGUUGUGAUCCCAAAGGGCAGACAUGAAGAUCAGGCUGUCUUCAGCAAUUGCUGCUCUAUGCGCAGCUCUCCUCCUGUCUUCGACAGAGGCUGAAGUUAAUCCACCGUCAGACUUGAAUUUUACAAUUAUAGAUGAACAUACUGUUCGAAUGUCAUGGACAAGACCACCUGAUGCAAUAGAGGGGUACAAAAUAACAGUGGUCCCUACAACUGAUGGACCUACUAAAGAAUUUACCCUUGCACCUAGUGUUACUGAUACUAUAUUGUCAGAUCUUACACCUGAUACAGAAUAUGUUGUGACAAUAACUUCAUAUGAUGACAGAGAAGAGAGUCUACCUGUUUUUGGCCAACUUACAAUUCAGACAGGUGUUGCAGUGGGUCCAGAGGACAAGAAGCCUGACCAGAGUCACAUAAAAAAGUGUUCCGUCAGUGCACUGACAGAUUUAGUUUUUCUUGUGGAUGGCUCGUGGAGUGUUGGGAGAAGUAACUUCAGAUAUAUUUUGGACUUCUUGGCCACUCUUAUAUCAGCUUUUGACAUUGGGGAAGAAAAGACACGAAUUGGAGUUGUUCAGUACAGUACUGAUACAAGAACUGAGUUCAACUUAAAUCAAUAUUUCAGAAGGAAUGAUCUUCUUAAUGCAAUUAAAGGAAUACCUUACAAAGGUGGCAAUACAAUGACAGGUGAAGCUAUUGAUUAUCUGAUUAGGAAUGCAUUCACUGAAUCUGCUGGAGCAAGAAAAGGCAUUCCUAAAGUAGCAAUUAUCAUUACGGAUGGAAAAUCUCAAGAUGAAGUUGAAAUUCCUGCAAGAGAGCUUCGCAACGUAGGAGUUGAAGUCUUCUCCUUGGGAAUCAAAGCAGCAGAUGCAAAAGAACUGAAACUAAUGGCAUCUCAGCCAUCCUUGAAGCAUGUUUUUAAUGUGGCAAAUUUUGAUGGAAUAGUGGACAUACAGAAUGAAAUAAUCACACAAGUGUGCUCAGGUGUUGAUGAACAGCUGGGUGAACUGGUUAGUGGAGAAGAAGCUGUGGAGCCUCCUUCAAACCUAGUGGCCGCCCACAUCUCAUCAAAAUCUAUUAGAGUCACUUGGGAUCCAUCUGCUAGCCAAAUAACAGGCUAUAGAGUGCAAUUCUUUCCAAUGAUAGCAGGCGCCAAACAACAUGUGCUGAGUGUUGGUCCUCAAACAACUGCUUUAAAUGUAAGAGAUCUUUCUCCAGAAACAGAGUACCAGAUUAAUGUAUAUGCAAUGAGAGGAAUGGCAGCCAGUGAUCCAAUUACAAUAAUGGAAAAAACACAGCCAGUCAAAGUUCAAGUGGAAUGCUCCCGUGGUGUGGAUGUAAAAGCUGAUAUUGUGCUUUUAGUGGAUGGCUCCUACAGCAUUGGUAUCGCCAAUUUUGUUAAAGUAAGAGCCUUUUUGGAAGUGUUAGUUAAAAGCUUUGAGAUUUCACCUCAAAAAGUACAAAUAAGUCUUGUCCAGUACAGCAGGGAUCCCUAUACGGAGUUUUAUUUGAACAGAUACAACAAAAUUGAAGAUAUAAUUCAGGCUAUUAACACCUUCCCCUACAGAGGUGGAUCUACAAACACAGGCAAAGCGAUGACCUAUGUGAGGGAGAAAGUAUUUGUUAUCAACAGAGGAUCAAGACCAAAUGUACCAAGGGUCAUGAUUCUUAUUACUGAUGGAAAAUCGUCAGAUGCCUUUAAAGAGCCAGCCAUAAAAUUGAGGGAAUCAGAUGUAGAGAUAUUUGCAGUUGGUGUUAAGGAUGCAGUACGCACAGAAUUGGAAGCAAUUGCUUCACUCCCUGCUGAAACCCAUGUGUACACAGUGGAAGAUUUUGAUGCUUUCCAAAGAAUAUCAUUUGAACUUACACAGUCUGUCUGCCUACGAAUUGAGCAGGAACUGGCUGCUAUAAGGAAGAAAAGUUAUUUACCUGCCCGUAAUUUGGCAUUUUCUGAGGUAACAUCUGACAGUUUCAAAGUGAAUUGGUCUCCAGCUGGAUCUGAGGUUUUGUCCUAUCUUAUUAAAUAUAAAGUAGCUGCUGGUGGAGAAGAAUUCCUUGUUUCAGUGCCAGCUUCAAGCACUAGCUCAGUUCUCACUCAUUUACUCCCUGAAACUCUUUAUUCAGUCAGUGUGAUUGCAGAGUAUGAAGAUGGUGAUGGUCCUUCCUUGGAUGGGGAAGAAACGACUUUAGAAGUUAAAGGGGCUCCUCGAAACUUAAUGAUAACAGAUGAAACUACUGAUAGCUUUAAGGUUGGCUGGACGCCAGCUCCAGGAAAUGUUCUGAGGUAUAGGAUUGCAUACAGGCCAGUGACUGGAAGAGAGAGAAAACAAGUAACUGUCCCAGCAAAUGAAAGAUCAACUACGCUGCUGAACUUGACUCCUGAUACAAGAUAUGAAGUUUAUGUUAUUCCUGAGUAUCAGUCUGGGCCUGGAAAUUCAUUGAAUGGAUAUGCAAAAACUGAAGAAGUCUUAGGGACUCCAAGAAAUUUGAGAGUUUCUGAUGCUUCAACAUCCACAAUGAAGUUAUCUUGGAGUGCAGCACCUGGAAAAGUACAGCGGUACCUUGUAACAUAUACUCCAGUGGCAGGCGGUGAAACCAAGGAGGUAACCAUAAGGGGUGAUACUACAACUACAGUGCUGAGAGAUUUAGAACACGGCACCAGAUAUGCACUAUCCGUGACUGCCUUGUAUGCAUCUGGAGCAGGGGACGCUCUCUCUGGGCAAGGAGAAACACCUGAAGCCCGAGGAAGUCCAAGAAAUUUGAGAGUUUCUGAUGCUACAACAUCCACAAUGAAGUUAUCUUGGACUGCAGCACCAGGCAAAGUAGAGCAGUACCGUAUAACGUAUACUCCAGUGGCUGGAGGUGAUACCAAGGAGGUAACUACAAGGGGUGAUACUACCACUACAGUGCUGAGAGAUUUAGAACAAGGCACCAGAUAUGCACUGUCUGUGACUGCCUUGUAUGCAUCUGGACCAGGGGAUGCUCUUCCUGGGCAAGGAGAAACACUUGAAGCCCGAGGAAGUCCAAGAAAUUUGAGAGUUUCUGAUGCUACAACAUCCACAAUGAAGUUAUCUUGGAGUGCAGCACCUGGCAAAGUACAGCGGUACCGUAUAACGUAUACUCCAGUGGCCGGAGGUGAAGCCAAGGAGGUAACCACAAGGGGUGAUACUACCACUACAGUGCUGAGAGAUUUAGAACAAGGCACCAGAUAUGCACUGUCCGUGACUGCCUUGUAUGCAUCUGGAGCAGGGGACGCUCUUCCUGGGCAAGGAGAAACACUUGAAGCCCGAGGAAGUCCAAGAAAUCUGAGAGUUUCUGAUGCUACAACAUCCACAAUGAAGUUAUCUUGGAGUGCAGCACCUGGCAAAGUACAGCGGUACCGUAUAACGUAUACUCCAGUGGCUGGAGGUGAUACCAAGGAGGUAACCACAAGGGGUGAUACUACCACUACAGUGCUGAGAGAUUUAGAACAAGGCACCAGAUAUGCACUGUCCGUGACUGCCUUGUAUGCAUCUGGACCAGGGGAUGCUCUUCCUGGGCAAGGAGAAACACUUGAAGACCGUGGCUCACCUCGUGAUUUGGUUAUUAGAGACAUAACUGACACUACAAUGGGACUAUCUUGGACAGCAGCUCCAGGAGCAGUUCGUCGUUAUAGAAUAGUAUGGAAAUCACUUUAUGAUGGUCAGACUGGGGAGAGCACAGUUCCUGGAAAUGUAAUAAAUACUGUGCUGGAGAAUUUACAGCCAGAGACUAAAUAUAAAAUUUCAGUCAUUGCUUCCUAUAGCAGUGGAGAUGGAGCUCCUCUAGAAGGAGAGGCGACUACUGAAGUGUCACCAAAUGCCAAGAGGGUGAGAGUAGACGAAGAGACGGAGAAUUCAAUGAGAGUUACAUGGCAGCCUGCACCUGGGAAAGUUGUGAGCUAUCGUGUAGUUUACCGACCUGUCAGUGGAGGAAGACAGGUGGUUGCAAAAGUACCAGCUACUUCCACAGCUACAGUGUUAAAACGACUUCAGUCUCUAACCAAAUACAACAUCUCUGUUAUUCCAAUGUAUAAAUCUGGGGAAGGAAAACACAGACAAGGAGAAGGAACAACAGCCUCUCCGUAUAAACCACCCAGAAACCUGAAAACUUCUGAUUCCACUAUGUCAAGUUUCAGAGUAACUUGGGAGCCAGCCCCUGGGGAAGUGAGAGGUUACAAAAUAACUUUCCAUCCGACAGGAGAAGAUAGACUUGGAGAACUAAUUGUUGGGCCAUAUGACAAUACAGUUGUAUUGGAGGAGCUUAGGGCAGGCACUACCUAUAAGGUAAAUGUUUUUGGAAUGUUUGAAGGAGGGGAGAGUGCACCACUGGUUGGCCAAGAAAUGACCACCCUUUCAGAUGUUACUGUGAUGCCAUUCUUAGCCGGAGGCUUGGAGUGUAUUACCAGAGCAGAAGCUGAUAUUGUGCUGCUGGUGGAUGGCUCAUGGAGUAUCGGGAGACCAAAUUUUAAAACAGUCAGGAACUUCAUUGCUCGUAUUGUUGAAGUCUUUGAUAUUGGUCCUGAUAAAGUGCAGAUUGCGCUUGCUCAGUAUAGUGGAGAUCCCAGAACAGAAUGGCACCUAAAUACUUACGGUUCCAAACAGAGUUUACUAGAUGCUGUGGCCAACUUACCAUACAAAGGAGGCAAUACUCUAACAGGAAUGGCUUUGAGUUUCAUCCUAAAAGACAAUUUCAAACCAGAAGUCGGAUUGAGGCCUAAAGCUCACAAAAUCGGUGUCCUCAUCACUGAUGGCAAAUCACAAGACGAUAUAGUGGCUCCUUCAAAGAGACUCAGGGAUGAGGGAGUGGAACUUUAUGCGAUUGGUAUUAAAAAUGCGGAUGAAAAUGAGUUGAAGCAGAUUGCAACAGAUCCAGAUGAUACCCAUGUUUACAACGUUGCUGAUUUCUCCUUCCUCGCUAAUAUUGUUGAUGACUUAACGAUUAAUCUAUGUAAUAGUGUAAAAGGCCCAGGUGGUUUGUCAUCUCCCUCCAACCUGGUGACUUCUGAGGUGACACCUCGUUCUUUCAGAGUGACGUGGACUGCACCUGUUGAGAGCGUGGAUAGAUACAGGGUUGAAUACUACCCUGUUUCUGGAGGCCCACCUCAGCAGUUUUAUGUAAAUCGAGCGGAAACUACUACAGUUCUGAAGAACCUGAAACCUGAAACAGAAUAUAUUGUUCAAGUGUUCUCUGUGGUAGAAGAUGAAAGCAGUGAACCUCUAAGUGGCACAGAAACAACUUUGCCAAUCCCUACAAUCAGAAACCUGAAUGCUUAUGACAUUGGAUCGACUUCCAUGAGAGUGAGAUGGGAACCUCUCAGGGGAGCUACUGGUUAUCGGUUAUUGUAUGAACCUCUCAAUGCCACAAUACCAGCUGUAGAAAAAGAGAUGCGCGUUGGGUCAACGGUGAAUGAUGUUCAGCUGGUAGACCUCAUCCCCAAUACUGCCUACACUUUAACUAUUCAUGCAGAGUUUGGCGAUCUCAGCAGUGAUCCACUCAUCACUCAGGAAGUGACAUUACCUUUAGCUGGAGCCAAAAGCUUGAGGGUUAGAGACAUUACUCACAGCAGCAUGAAUGUCAUUUGGGAUCCUGCCCCAGGAAAAGUCCGCAAAUACCUACUGAGAUACAAAACAACUUUGGGAGAUGAACCAAAAGAGGUGGAAGUUGAUAAAUCAAAAACGAGCACAGUUCUUUCUAGUCUUCUCUCACAAACUCUGUAUGAUCUACAACUCGUUGCAGUAUAUGACGAAGGAGAAUCUAUGCCAGUAGCUGCUAAAGCUACCACUUUGCCUGUACCAGCACCAGUCAAUCUCAGACUCACAGACGUAACAAAGCAAAGUUUCAGAGGCACUUGGGACCAUGGAGCUCCAGAUGUGGCUCUCUAUAGAAUCACCUGGGGACCCUAUGGUGGAACAGAAAAGCAGGAGACCAUCCUAAAUGGUGAUGAAAAUUCUCUGGUUUUUGAAAAUCUGAACCCAGACACCCUAUAUGAUGUCUCAGUUACUGCCAUCUAUCCUGAUGAAUCUGAAAGUGAUGACUUGAUUGGCAGUGAGCGGACAUUACCUGCAAUACGUCCAACAACACAAGCACCAAAGAGCGGCCCACGAAACCUUCAGGUGUACAAUGCGACUUCCAAUAGCCUGACUGUAAAGUGGGAUCCAGCCAGUGGCCGAGUGCAGAGAUACAGGAUCACUUACCAGCGUACAACUGGGGAUGGUGCUGAACAAUCGACCAUGGUAGGGGGGAGGCAGAACAGUGUAGUGCUACAGAAGCUGCAGCCCGACACACCAUACACUAUUACUGUAUCGUCUAUGUAUGCGGAUGGGGAAGGAGGACGGAUGACAGGCAGGGGCAAGACCAAGCCGCUCAACACCGUAAAGAACCUCCGGGUGUAUGAUCCAACCACCAGCACACUGAGUGUACGAUGGGAUCAUGCUGAAGGAAGUCCUCGCCAGUAUAAAGUAUAUUAUGUGCCAACAACAGGUGGUGCAGAGGAAAUGACAACAGUACCAGGGAACACAAAUUAUAUCAUCCUGAGAUCUCUCCAGCCUGACACACCUUACAAAAUAACUGUGGUUCCAACUUACCCAGAAGGGGAUGGUGGACGUGUAUCCGACACUGGAAGAACUUUGGUGAGAGGAGCAGCAAGAAACAUACAAGUUUACAACCCUACACCAAACACCUUGAAUGUCCGAUGGGAACCUGCACCGGGUCCAGUACAACAGUAUAGAGUUGUCUACGCUCCACUGGUUGGCCCAAGGCCAUCAGAGUCUAUUGUGGUUCCAGCGAACACUCGUGAUGUUGUGCUGGAGCGCCUGACCCCUGACACUCCUUACUCUGUGAAUGUUGUGGCUCUGUAUGCCGAUGGAGAGGGAAAUCAAAGCUCUGCGCAGGGGAGAACAAUACCUCGUAGUGGGCCAAGGAACUUGAAGGUGUUUGAUCCAACAACAAACAGCCUGUCUGUACAAUGGGACCAUGCUGACGGGCCAGUUCAGCAAUACAGAAUCAUUUAUUCACCCACCGUUGGAGACCCCAUAGAUGAAUAUACAACAGUACCCGGAAGAAGAAAUAAUGUGAUAUUACAGCCACUACAUUCAGACACGCCAUAUAAAAUUACUGUUGUGGCUGUGUAUGAUGAUGGAGACGGUGGGCAGCUGACAGGAAAUGGACGAACUGUUGGGUUGCUUCCUCCUCAAAACAUACAUAUUUCUGAUGAGUGGUAUACACGAUUCAGAGUUUCCUGGGAUCCCGCACCAUCUCCUGUUCUUGGGUACAAACUUGCAUAUAAACCUGUAGGUUCUGCUGAGCCGCCAAUGGAGGUGUUUGUUGGGGAAGUGACUUCAUACACAUUGCACAACCUGUCUCCUAGUACUAUCUAUGAUGUGAACGUUUAUGCCCAAUACGAUUCUGGACUCAGCGCACCCCUGAUUGAUCAAGGCACUACAUUGUACUUGAAUGUCACUGAUCUAACAAGUUACAAGGUGGGAUGGGAUACCUUCUGUAUCCGAUGGUCACCUCACCGGUCAGCAUCUUCCUACAGAUUAAAGCUAAACCCAGCUGAUGGAUCCCGAGGACAAGAAAUUACAGUACGUGGGACAGAAACCAGCCACUGUUUCACUGGCCUUUCACCAGACACCGAAUACAAUGCUACUGUCUUUGUUCAGACCCCGAACCUUGAGGGACCGCCCAUCUCUCUGAAAGAGCGCACAUUCAUCAAACCUACCGAAGCACCAACUCAACCGCCUCCUCCUCCUCCACCUCCCACAAUCCCACCAGCUCGGGAUGUAUGUAAAGGUGCCAAAGCAGACAUUGUGUUCCUGACUGAUGCUUCCUGGAGUAUUGGUGAUGAUAAUUUCAACAAAGUAGUGAAAUUUGUUUUUAAUACUGUUGGAGCCUUUGACUUAAUCAACCCUGCUGGAAUUCAGGUUUCCUUUGUGCAGUACAGCGAUGAUGCAAAGUCUGAGUUUAAACUGAAUACAUAUGAUGAUAAGGCCCAGGCUCUAGGAGCACUUCAGAAUAUUCGAUACAAAGGAGGAAAUACAAGAACAGGCAAAGCCCUUACAUUUAUCAAAGAAAAAGUCUUGACUUGGGAGAGUGGGAUGAGGAGAGGUGUGCCCAAGGUACUUGUUGUUGUCACAGACGGUCGGUCGCAGGAUGAAGUUAAGAAAGCUGCAGCAAUCAUACAGCACUCUGGUUUCAGCGUCUUUGUUGUUGGUGUAGCUGAUGUGGAUUACCAUGAGCUGUCAAAGAUUGCCAGCAAACCCAGUGAACGUCAUGUAUUUAUCGUUGAUGAUUUUGAUGCCUUUGAAAAGAUUGAGGAGAACCUCCUCACUUUUAUUUGUGAGACAGCUACCUCAACUUGCCCUCUCAUUUACUUGGAGGGAUACACUUCACCUGGUUUCAAGAUGUUGGAAUCAUACAACUUAACAGAGAAGCAUUUUGCCUCUGUACAAGGAAUAUCACUGGAAUCAGGAUCCUUCCCUAGCCAUGUGGCAUACAGACUCCAUAGAAAUGCUUUCCUCAGUCAGCCUGCAUCGGAGCUUCAUCCAGAUGGAUUGCCACAUGCUUACACAAUCAUACUGCUGUUCCGCAUUCUUUCGGAAACCCCCAAUGAGCCAUUUGCAAUUUGGCAGAUUACAGACAGGGAUUUCAAACCACAAGUCGGAGUAAUUCUUGAUCCUUCCACCAAAUUAUUGUCAUUCUUUAACAAGGAUACAAGAGGGGAAGUUCAGACAGUAACUUUUGAUGAUAAUGAAGUAAAGAAAAUCUUUUAUGGAAGCUUCCACAAGGUUCAUAUUGUUGUAACCUCAACAAGUGUUAAGAUUUACAUUGAUUGCAGUGAAGUAAUGGAGAAACCAAUUAAGGAGUCUGGAAACAUCACAACUGAUGGCUUUGAAAUACUUGGCAAACUAUUGAAAGGUGAUCGGAAAUCAGCAACAUUUGAAAUCCAGAGUUUUGACAUAGUAUGUAAUGCAGUUUGGACUAGCCGUGAUAGAUGCUGUGAUCUUCCUUCAAUGAGGGAUGAAGCAAAAUGCCCAGCUCUUCCAAAUGCUUGUACAUGUACACAAGACAGCGUGGGACCCCCGGGACCUCCUGGACCUGCUGGUGGUCCAGGCACUAAGGGGCCUAGAGGUGAAAGGGGUUUGACUGGACCUGCCGGACCACCUGGUCUUCCUGGUGAGGCAGGUCCACCGGGUCCUCAGGGUCCACCAGGUCCACAAGGGAUGAAUGGACUUUCAAUUCCAGGAGAACCAGGUCGCCAAGGAAUGAAAGGUGAUGCUGGAGAACCAGGGCUACCAGGCCGAUCAGGAACCCCAGGAUUGUCUGGCCCACCUGGCCCAGUGGGACCACCAGGUGACAGGGGUUUCACAGGAAAAGAUGGUGCCACAGGACCCAGAGGCCCACCUGGAUCAGCGGGCACUCCAGGAGUUCCAGGAGUAGCAGGUCCAAGUGGAAAACCAGGGAAACCAGGAGAUCGUGGGCCACAAGGUCCACCUGGAAUUAAAGGAGAAAAAGGUGACAGAGGAGAUAUUGCUUCUCAGAACAUGAUGCGAGCUGUUGCAAGACAAGUCUGUGAACAAUUGAUAAAUGGCCAAAUGAACCGGUUCAAUCACAUGCUGAAUCAAAUCCCGAAUGAUUACUAUGCAAACCGCAAUCAACCAGGACCUCCAGGACCACCAGGGCCUCCAGGAAGCGCUGGGGCAAGAGGAGAACCUGGACCUGGAGGAAGACCAGGGUUCCCAGGAACACCUGGCGACCAAGGACCACCUGGUGAAAGAGGACUGCCAGGAGAGAAAGGUGAAAGAGGGAUUGGAUCACAAGGACCACGAGGUUUGCCUGGACCACCUGGUCCACCAGGAGAGUCUCGAACUGGCCCACCAGGUUCUACAGGUUCACGAGGGCCACCUGGGCCACCGGGUCGUCCUGGAAAUGGGGGUAUUCGAGGUCCCCCAGGCCCACCUGGGUAUUGUGAUUCAUCCCAGUGUUCUAGCAUCGCUUACAAUGGUCAAGGAUUCCCAGAGUCAUACGUACCUGAAAGUGGACCCUAUCAACCUGAAAGUGAGCCCUACAUAGUACCAAUGGAGUCAGAAAGGAGAGAGGAUGAAUAUGAGGACUAUGAAGUUGAAAUGCAUUCACCAGAUUACCCUGAACAAAUGUGCUGGAAAAGAUCGUUACCAAGAAAAGCAAAAACAAAACCAUAAAAGAUCUGUCUUGUUUUGUGUUUUUGGUUGUUUGUUUUUGUUUGUGCUAUGCUCGCAUAUGCAGAUACAUACAGAGUGGGUGUAUCCUAUAUUCUCCAAUGCUACCUUCUCAAAUCAGAAAUGCACUCGCAUCUUGUAGGCGUAUCAUGCUUAUGUGCGAAUAGCAAUGUAUGUAACUAUAGAUUUCGUUCUUGCUCUUGAAAUGCUUGUAAAAUACUUUUGCUUAAAGUGGCUGCUUAGAACUUAAUGUGUGCAUUCAGUUAUCACAAUGCUGCAUUUUCUUUAAAUAAAACAAACCAAAACAACACAAAACACCAAAAACCAGAGCUGCUGCAAAUUUUCAAAGGCCUAUCUGCUUUAGCUCUACAGUUUUCCUCCUUUUAUUGCCUGUUUGCAGUUAAGUCACAUCACAAGUCUGCAUUGUCUAGUAAAAAGCAAACCAACUCCUUCUACAUCAUUGCCAAUUUUUUCUAUACUUAGUUAUACCUUGCAGGGCAUAUAUUGCUCUUAUACAUCUCCUUUAACAACCACAAACCUUAAGUAAUAUAGCUGAAAUCAUUGUAUCAACUGGAUAUAGUUUUAUAAUGCUUUAACUCUCCUUGUAGACUCAUUAACAUUUAUGCCAAAUUGCAGUCAAUCCUGCAGAGAUGGAAUUGCAUGUUUGUGUUGUAUAUUUAGUAUGGAUUUUUUUUUUCAGAAUAUAAUGUUUCUUAGUUAUCAAAAGCAGUUGGAAAUUGUUUGCAAGACUAUGGAUAUAGAAUUGCUGCUUUUAUAUUUUAACUGCAAAUUGUGAAUUUCACUGCCUUAUAUUAUUUAUUUCUGAAACAAAGGAGGCAUUUUUCAAUAAAACUACUGAAAAUUUA